CGUGUGUUAGCUUAUGAGAUCUGUUUGUGCUGGUCUGAUCAUGGCUGGAGUUGUGAUGAUGAUGCUGUUCUUCUGUAUAGUUACGUGGGUCAAUACAGAUGCCCAGACGUUCCUUUCUUCUAUUUCUCCAUCGACCGUCAGGGGUCUACGCUGUGAGUAUUCGUGGACGAACAAGACUGUGAUUCCAGUAUGGGAUCAUCCCAACGUUGUGCAGUCUACAUAUCAAUUUGAGGUGCAAGUAAAUGGAAGAAGUCCAAAAAUCGUCAAUGAAACAAAGUAUCGGAUUGAUGAUGUGUCGUCAGUUGAGUAUUUUGACGUCAGCAUUACUUCACUUUAUGGAUGCAGGAGAAGCAGACCGACGUCAAUCCGGUGUAAAACCAAAUUAAGAGGGGUCAUUGUGGGAUCUGCAGUGGCUGCUGUAAGCAUCCUAUUCAUGAUAUGUGUGCUCAUUUGCCAUGAAGUCUUUAUCAAGCUCAGAUCUUUCAAAUGGUCUUCAAGAGAGGUCGUGGUACAGACUACUAACCAGGCGGUUUUUAUUAAUGGUUCUUCUGUUAACACACAAGAAACUAGCUAUGAAGACCUAGACGUAAGCACACGUGUACAAGCACCUUAUGAGAUUUGUCGUCUCCCUCAUUGCUUUAAUGGGCCCUCAAUUCAGGGAAUAAAUAUCUCUGAUGUAGUUGUUUAUGAGAAUUAUUAAUUAAUAAUUUAUGUUGUUCUCUGAUUGGGCAAUGUCCAUGAAUAAUUUUG